AUGAGGGAGGAAGAGGAAGAGGAAGAGGAAGAGGAAGAGGAAGAGGAAGAGGAAGAGGAAGAGGAAGAGGAAGAGGAAGAGGAAGAGGAAGAGGAAGAGGAAGAGGAAGAGGGGAGAUGGGUUUGGGUUUGGAUAGAGAAUGCGGAUGGGAAUAGGAAUAGAAAGAUGGAGAGUGGUUUGAUGGUGAUGGUGAUGGAGUUUGGAGUAUAG